CCUUAUAGAGUUGAUAAUAUAUCUUAUAAUGAAAUAAAAGAUCAAAUAAUCAUUAGAAAUGAGCUUUUAGAUAAUUAUGAUAAUAUUCAUACAUUUAGCGAGGAUAUUAGUUCAUUAACUCCAAAUGAUAAUAACACCAAUCUUGAUAAUUCUAACAACGCUGAACCAAAAGAAUAUGAAAUAACAAACACAAAAUCAAAUUUAUAUAAUAAAAAUUCUGAAACUGUUUCAUUACUACGAAGAAGAAAAAUUGAUAAUCCUGCUCUGGAAGAGCUCUUUGAAGAACAAGGUAUGAGUUGGAAUCAAAAAGAAUUUGGAAAAGAAUAUCAGCUUUGA